AUCUAAUUGUUAGACUGGCUUGGGUUGACGACGGGCUAAUAGCUUUUCCAAACUCUACCGUCUUCAAAGUCACUAGCAGCGAAGGCGGUGAGGCCAGCGAAAAGGCUAAGCCUCCAUUGCCACUCGUAUCUCUCCUUAAUUUCUCGGUUCACUCGAAGAUAGAAAUUCAGCGUUUUUGAGAAUGACGUAGGUAUCUUUUUAGGCCUCUGUUCUGCUGCACACUUGCUCUCCUAAUGAGCCCUUCUGAAGUACAUGCUAAUGUUGCAGAAACUUCCUGUACUAUAACACGAAAUGCACAAUCUCUUCAUGUCUCUAUGCUUUCUAGUUCAAUCUUUAAAGAGCGCCUUGCUCUUCUCAAGUUCAAAGGGAGUGUGAAUGAUUUUUCUGGAAUGUUGUCAUCAUGGGUUGGCAAUGACUGUUGCAUGUGGGAAGGAAUCCAGUGUGACAGUCUCACUGGAACUGUUGAAAGCCUUCAUCUCAAUGACUUAGUUGGUAAUGAGGUGAACUCUUCUUUGGCAGAGCUAUGGCAUCUCAAAUACUUAGAUUUGAGUUGGAAUGAUUUUAGUGGAAGCCGGAUCCCUGAGUUCAUUGGAUCCUUCAAACAGCUGAGAUAUCUCAAUCUCUCUGAUGCUGGUUUUCAAGGUAUUAUUCCUCCUCACAUUGGAAAUCUUUCUAAUUUAAAGGUUCUUGAUCUCAGUUCAAACCAUGAGCUCAUGGCAGAUGAUAUGGCAUGGGUUUUUGGCCUUUCGUCACUUGAGCAUCUCGACCUCAAUCGGAUGAAACUUAGUGGAGCACAAAAUUUGGACAUAGUUCCUUACAUGAUUCCUUCAUUAAAAGAGUUAAGUUUGUCUGAAUGUAGAUUUUCCAAUGCUGAUUUUCUUAAUUCGAGUAGAAUAAUUCCCAAUAUCAAAUACCUAGAGCUUAGCUUCAAUUCCUUCAAAGGUCCACUGCCUGGCUUUCUUCAGAACAUGACAUCCCUAGCAUUCCUCGAUCUUUCAUACUUUGAUCUAAGUUUGAAUUGGAACUUUGCAAAGUUGCUAAACAUGAUCCCUUCUUUAUUUGAGCUGCAUUUGUCAUGUUGUGGGCUCAAGAACACGUUUCUUUCUUCCCCUUUUCUCAAUUUCAGUACACUUUCAAACAUCCAACACCUGGAUCUUAGCGUGAAUUCAAUUGAAGGCAUGUUUCCAUCUAUUUUAACUAACAUGAGUUCCCUAAAAGUCCUUGACCUUUCAGGAAACAUGCUGAGUUCUUCGGUUCCUAUUAUGCAUAACCUUCUUGAACUUGAUGUUUCUAGAAACCACUUGAAGCAGAUUCAACACCUUGGAAUCUGGAAACAGUGUCACCUCAAACAACUGAGUGCCUCAUACAAUCAUUUUGAGAUAGAAAUGAUCGACUCACCAAAAAAUGUAUGCUAUUGCUCCCAGUAUGCUUUGGAGAUGUUGGAUAUACAUGGGAGUGUAAAUGGUACAAUUCCAAAAUCACUUGGAAGAUUGGCCAAUUUAAGAGUCUUGGAUCUAUCUAGCAGUGGAUUGACAGGUCCAAUCUCCAGAUCUCUAAGAAGGUUAAGUUUUUUAGAAGUAUUGGAUCUCUCUAAUAACCAGCUAACCGGUUACAUUCCAACAUUCCUUGGAAAGUUAACAGCUUUAAAAAAUUUGUAUCUAGGAUCCAAUAGGUUAAUGGGCCCCAUACCAGCAUCUCUAGGAAGACUUCUUUCACUACAAGCAAUUUCGAUGUCUUCAAACCUGUUAAAUGGGACUAUUCCGGUUUCAAUUGGGCAACUUGUCAAACUUGAAUAUUUAGAUAUCUCAAACAAUUCCUUAGAAAGAAUAGUUUCCAAAGCCCAUUUUGCUAACCUUUUGAUGUUGAGUUACUUGGAUGCUUCUUCUAACACCAAGUUGGCAUUCAAUGUUUCAUGUGAGUGUUUACCUCCAUUCCAAUUGGUGGAUCUUGAUCUUAGUUCUUGCAAUAUUGCAAAUGGAUUUCCACAGUGGAUUCGAGAUCAAAGGAAACUUGAGAGGUUAGUGUUGUCGAAUGCUUCAAUUUCAGGAACUCUGCCCACAUGGUUGCGAAAGAUGCCCAAUAUUCCUUUUCUAGAUCUUUCCCACAACAAACUCAGCGGACCAUUGACAAACCUUCCUGAUGGGUAUGUGUCUGAAUUUGGAACUCUCCGGGCUUUAUUCCUGGAAAGUAAUCUAUUCAAUGAGUCGAUUCCGAGUUCAUUGUGUAGAAGGACAGAUUUGGAAUAUCUUGACCUUUCCAGAAAUAGGUUAACUGGAAAAAUUCCAAAUUGUCUUGAGAAUCUGCAAAAGCUGUUUGUCAUGAUAUUUAGCUCAAAUCGGUUGUGUGGUGUGAUUCCAAAUUCCAUAUUUCGUAAUUCUUCGUCAUUAGAGUGGUUAAAAUUGAAUGACAAUAACUUAACUGGUGAAGUUCCUCGAGAAUUGGGGAGUUUACAAAAUUUAAUGGUCUUAGAUUUGGGUGAUAAUAAGUUCUCGGGAAACAUACCUGAAUGGAUUGGAGAAAAGCUCGCAUAUUUGGUUGUUUUGAGGUUGCACAAAAAUAACUUCACCGGAAGAAUUCCUCGAUCUUUGUGCAAAUCUUCAAAUCUGCAAAUAUUGGAUGUUGCAUACAACAACUUAACUGGAACAAUCCCUCAAUGUCUAGGAGGUUUAAAUGCCAUGGUUAGGGUUAGCAGAGGAAUUUGGCAUGUUCACCUGGUUGAUUAUGACCAAAACGUGAUUCAAGUGAUGAAAGGUGUUGAUCUUGAAUAUUCAACAACUUGGGAUAUGGUUUAUAACAUGGACCUUUCAAGCAAUAAACUUGUAGGAGAAAUACCAGUAGAGAUAACUGCACUUUCUAUGUUGGUGGGUCUCAAUUUGUCAAACAAUCAUCUCAGUGGGGGAAUUCCAGACAACAUCGGAAACAUGACGUCAUUAUUCUCUCUCGAUUUAUCUGGAAACGAGUUGACCGGGAUGAUCCCUCCAAGCAUGGUAGCUUUGACUUUUUUGAGUCAUUUGAAUUUGUCACACAACCACUUGUGGGGACGAAUUCCAAGCGGAAAUCAAUUGCAGACACUUACUGAUCCAUCAAUAUAUGCCGGGAACAAAGAUCUAUGUGGAGCUCCGUUGCUGAAUAAUUGCUCAAAUCAUCAAGACCCAACAACAACCCCCGAGAACAAAUACGAAGCAGCUUAUGAGCCAACAAAUGUAUGGUUGAAGAUAUGGUAUUAUGUGGACGUAGCAUGUGGUUUUGCAACAGGGUUUUGGGGUGUUAUUGGAGUUUUAGUGUUCAAGAAGCAGUGGAGACGGAAGUUUUUCACAAUUGUUGCUUCCAUUGAUGAAACAUGCUUCCCUAGGUAUAAGCUUUAGGAGGUUGCACCCAACACCCUACUGUUGGCAACACUAUGGGCGUGUUUGACACAAAGUAUUUGAGAGCGUUUGGGAACUUGUAGCUUCCGGUGUUUGAAAAAAUGUUCCAU